GCCAUUUGUUCGCAGCCGCUUCGUCUUGGUGAUUGUAAGCAAAGCGUACGUCGAUACUGGUACAAUGCGGUAACACGUAGCUGCGAGCCCUUUGAUUUCACAGGAUGCCAAGGCAAUGAUAACAACUUCGGAACGUUACUGGAGUGCCAGAACACUUGCGAAAAUGUCAUAUCAGAACCACAGUGUCCACAAGGUGACGCAUACAAAGAUAGCCGAGGAAAUUAUUUUGUCUGCUCGAAUUCCGGAACUGGGAACGUUUGUCCAGUGAAUUAUGAAUGCUCAUUCGAUGGAAAUGUUUGGGGUUGUUGUCCAACUAAAUCAUUCACAUGUUCGCAGUCGUCUAGUAAAGGAGUGACCUGUGGUGCCGGAUCGUCCUAUCGUAAAGGAGUGACCUGUGGUGCCGGAUCGUCCUAUCGGUAUUUCUACAACUCUCAAACGCAGGAAUGCGAAAGUUUCCAGUAUAACGACUGUGAGAGUUACUGUGGCGUUGGUGGUUGUCCAAAUGGUGGUACCCCGGAGCGUAAUGAAUUUGGCCGCUUGAUGACCUGCUCCAGUGCAGCAUCAUGUCCGAGCACGCACGAAUGCACAUCGGUCAGUUCCGGUAACAGCGUGGCGAGUAGAUGUUGUCCAACAAGAGCGUACAUUUGCUCAUUGCCACCGCAGCAGGGUAGUUCAUGCAGCUCGUCGACUGCUUCACGGUACUACUUCAAUAUUGUUACCAAAGAAUGCACACGCUUCACGUACAACGGCUGCAACGGCAAUCUGAACAAUUUCGCAACGCUGGAGCAAUGCAAUAACUUCUGCCUGUCAUCGGCAUGUGCUCCAGGUGAUAUUGCGUACGUGAAUCCGAAUACACGUAUGCCGUUCGAAUGCAGCACAACUGUGAGUAACAGCUGUCCGGCCAGUUUCACGUGUACUUACGACCAACUCUCCGGGAACAAUGUAUGUCCGGAAAGCGAGAAAGCCUACGUGAAUGCCGUGGACAUGAGUGUUCGGGAAUGCCUGAUCAACGUGGACGGUUCAUGCCCAUCCAAUUAUCUUUGUCGUUUCCAUACUCAAAAAAAUCGCUAUUACUGUUGCACAUCUAUCAGUGGAGGUAUCAAAUUUUGUCAGUUAUUCUUAAAUUAUAUUCGAGUCCAACUCACUUCGUUCAUAUAGGG